AGACAAGUAUACGUCACUGCUGGCAGCCAACAGAUUGAAGAUUUCGUCUUUUACUACAAGAAUUAGUAACUUUUAUAAUCAAAAGAUAUUGUAUUUAAGCACGAAAUAUUGUGAUAAACUUCCAUUAGUGUUAAUUAAUCUAGUACAAUUUUAAUAAACUAAAAAUGUUUAUCUGGGACUGGUUUGCUGGUGUUUUAGGAUAUUUGGGUUUAUACAAAAAGUCAGGGAAACUACUUUUUUUGGGUCUAGACAAUGCUGGAAAGACAACGCUACUUCACAUGCUAAAAGAUGACAGACUUGCUCAGCAUGUACCCACACUCCAUCCAACGUCGGAGGAGCUGUCGAUAGGCAACAUGCGGUUCACGACGUUCGACCUGGGGGGGCAUCAACAGGCGCGGCGCGUGUGGCGCGACUACUUCCCAGCCGUCGACGCCAUCGUGUUCCUCGUGGACGCAUGCGACCGCGCGCGACACGCAGAGUCCAAGGAUGAGCUGGACUCGCUGCUCACGGACGAGACGCUGUCGAACUGCCCCGUGCUCAUCCUCGGCAACAAGAUCGACAAGCCCGGCGCCGCCAGCGAGGAUGAGCUGCGCCACACCUUCAACCUCUAUCAGCAGACCACGGGCAAGGGUAAAGUAUCAAGGUCAGAGUUGCCCGGGCGACCGCUGGAGUUGUUCAUGUGCUCUGUCCUCAAGCGCCAGGGCUAUGGAGAAGGUUUCCGUUGGCUCGCGCAGUAUAUCGACUGAGCGCUCCACAGUACACACCACACAGCUCUGUCUCGUCUGGCUAUUGGUAAAGUCGCACAUGUUUUUAACUAUAAUGAAACAAGUCCAGCUAGCCAAUGUAUUAUAUAUUAUUAGGUCAAUAUUAGUUUCUCGAAUCUGAAUAU